UAAGUAUCAGCCCAGAACGGUACAACAGAUAUAAAAGUGGGACGUCUGCCAAAAUAGGGAGGGGUUUCAGAGAGGUGUUCUCACUAAGAAGGUGAUGUCGUAAAGCAGUAUGUCGUAAACCAGGUGCAGACUGGGGGCUGUUAUGAGGAGGGGGUAAUGGAAGAGAAGGGGUUCACACUCCGCAAAGCUGCGUUUAGACAAAAAUCAUGGCGGAUGGCCCCAGGUGCCAGAGGAGAAAACAGACACAGCCACGACGCAACAGCGUGAGGAGUUUCAGAAGCGUGCCGGAGGCGACCUCAGAUUCAGAUGAUGAAGACAAACUGCACAUUGUAGAGGAAGACAGUAUUCACGACGAUGCCGGCCGAAAGCCAUCAGUGUUUCAGCUCAAAGCUUCACGACAGCCUGACACGGUCAGCCAAGAUGAUGGCAGCCUGGGGCCAGAUGCUUUGAUACAAGAAAUAAGGAUCAAAGAGGAGUGUGUGACCGACGAAGAAGAUGCUGAUAUUGUCGUGGCCGGUGAAGAUUCGCAGCAAGAUACGACGAAUAUUUACCCAGAUACCCCAGAAGAGAAUCAGGGCACGCCAGAGAGGGGAGUCCACGAUGAGAAUGGUACUCCUGACGCAUUUUCCCACCUGCACACCUGUCCGCACUGUUCCCGUGGUUACAAGCGUCAGACCUCUCUGAAAGAACACAUUAGACUCCGACAUGAGAAGAACGAGGACAACUACUGCUGUUCCCUUUGCAGCUACACCUUUACCUACCGCACGCAGCUGGUCCGUCACAUGACCGCCCACGGACACAUCCGGGAGCAGAGGAAAAUUUCUCAAUCGGGUGGAAACAGAAAGUUCAAAUGUAACGAAUGCACCAAGGCCUUCAAAUACAAACAUCAUCUGAAAGAGCAUCUUCGUAUCCACAGCGGCGAGAAGCCGUAUGAGUGCUCAAAUUGUCUAAAGCGCUUCUCCCAUUCGGGCUCCUACAGUUCUCACAUUAGCAGUAAGAAGUGUGCAACCAUGACCCCGACGGUCAACGGCUUGCCCCAAACACCUGGGGUGAAAACAGCUCUCACCAUUUCUGGGCCAACACACAUCCUUCUGAGAGAAAAGAUGGACGGUACCAACAAGCAAGCUCUCACCAUUACUCGGCCCACACACAUCCUUCUGAGAGAAAAGGUGGACAUUACCAACAAGCCUCUACAGGAGCAACUCCCCCUGAAGCAGAUCAAACAGGAGCCCGAUCAUCAAACCAAACCUGCGUCAACAACGCCAACUGUGGCCAAUGGAGUUGCAGGCCCAGUUCAGGCCACAACACCUCAAGGCGUCGUCCAGACCUUGGUGCUGCCCACUGUCGGGCUGGUCCAGCCAAUCAGCAUCAACCUUAGUGACCUGCAAAAUGCGCUAAAUGCGGCGAUGGAUGGUAACGUUACUAGGCCAGUGUUACUUAGUGCCAACGUGAAUGGAACAGGCACCAAAAUUGUAGGGACAACGCAGGCACAAUCACCAACUGUUGUGUUGCAGCCACAGCAGUCGCAGUCGCAAAUGCUCUCUGCCUUCUCCGUGCCAGUUGUGGGCCAGGAUGGAAAAGCCAAAAUUAUUAUCAACUACAAUCCCCAAAUAAACCCACAACUAGGUGCACCAAAACCGAACACAACACAGCCUAUUGUAACGCUGUCAAAUGUAACAAAGCCUGCUGGGGAACAAACCGAUACAGCACAGGCUACAUCUACUGUGUCUAAUGUCACACAGCCAACCGUGGUGCAAGGUCAAGCAACCCAGUCCAGCUUAACUGAAACCCAAACAUCAUCCACACUCAAUGCAAAACCAACACAGAUAAAUAUCGUCAGGCCAGUCCAAGCCGGAAACCCCAGCAAACCUGCGUCCAUCAUCAAGAUAACACCUGAACAGGCUGCCAGGUUGGUCCAGGCCCGCGCGUCGCAACCAAAGUUCACCCAGCAAACUCUUUUGCUGGUGAGGAGAGCAGAUGGGACCCAAAGCCUUGUUGUUCGACAGGUCGCUGUUGCCAAUCCCAAUACACAAGGCACGCCAACGGUGGAGGCGAAGGCAGCAGAGAUAACCUCAUCCCCAAAAAAGCCUACGAACACACUUACAUCACCAGAAAAAAAGGAAGUGACAACAGAAAACACCAGUUCAUUGGAGGAAAUUUGUAAGCUACAAAAUGUGUCCGAAAACAUCAAAACAGAAGCCGCCUCUCCAUCCAAAACCCCGACUGAGAUGGAGACAGAGGAAGAGGAGGAUACAGACACAGACAGAAAUAAAGAGGAAGGGAAACAAACAACAGUUGAAAAUGCGGUCUCACAUUCUGGAACGGUUCACAGCGGUGUUGCCUGCGGUGAUAACUUCCAUAACUAUGCCACUUGUCUGGUUUGCGAUAACAGCCCAGGCAAACGUAACGGAAUCGACGGCCUAAAAACUGACGCCAAUGGGUCGCCUACAACUAUCUCCCUCACCUCUCUACUUGAUAAGGAUAAAAGUGGAGCAGCAGAGCGCCUCCUUCCUCUCCUGAAGGCCUACAGUCAGAAUCCCGAGCCUACAGAGGAGCAGUUGUCUCACGUUGCAAAGACGGUUAAACUGCCUCUAGAGUCGGUCAGCAAGUGGUACCAGAAGAUGCGAUCCAAGAAGAUUUUGCUCCAGGGUGCAAACAACCUGAAAAACAACCAGCAGGAAAACACACCGUGUGAUUCCACUGGGGUGAACCCAAGUCAAGACACCUGCACUCCUCCCGAACCUCUUGAUGACACUUCAACAGAUGUCCAGAAUAGACCCAACAGCACUGAUUCUUCACCUGCCCCAUCUCCAGCCAGCCUGUCCACCGACGAUCUUGUCAUUGUAAAGACAGAAGACGUGGAAGAGGAGUUGCAGUCUGAGCCUCUGGACCUCUCGCUCCCCAAGUCCAGCCCCGCUCAAGCCAGCGUCGCCACCAAGCUGCCAAUCUCCACCCAGAAGGAGCCACUCAACCUUACCUGCCUCAAGAAGCAGUCGUUGCCAGGCAACACCAUCUAUGUGACACAGGGGAGCACAGGCUCUUUGAACAUCAUGGCGGCGUCAUUGCCGACACUCGUUGCCAUUGCAGAGCAGGGAGGAGUUCCGUGUAUAGGCGCUAACAAACGAACUAUCCUCAUACCGCAGCUCACCUACACGUACAACAACAACUCCAGCGUCCAGACGGCCGACAGCUCCACUGCAAAUACAAAAGGGAUGGUGAUACUCAACAAUUCCCUGAAAGCGACGGAUGCUGCGACCGACUCCGUGUCAGGAGUAGAGGACCAGAACGAUGAAGAUUCGCCUGUCCAGAAGAAGAGGAAGAAGAUUUCUGCCGGCAUGUAUGCCUGCAAUCUGUGUGAUAAGAUCUUUCAAAAAAGCAGCUCACUGCUGCGACACAAGUACGAACACACAGGUAAGCGACCUUAUGAGUGCGGCAUCUGUCAAAAGGCUUUUAAACACAAGCACCACCUGAUCGAGCAUACGCGACUACACUCCGGAGAGAAGCCCUACCAGUGCGACAAGUGCGGGAAACGUUUCUCUCACUCCGGCUCUUACUCUCAGCACAUGAACCACCGAUACUCCUACUGCAAGAGAGAGACCAAUGAGCAUCCAGAACCGAACAUCACCUCCACGCCUCCCUCUCAUCUCGACUCCGAUGACAGAGAGAGCGAUGGAGAGGAGGAAGAGGAUUUAUCCGGUCUGGACAUGAGCGAAAUAAGAGUUAUUCGAAUAGGAGAGGAUUAUGACGACGACGAGGAGGAAGAGGAGAGUGGGGCAGAAGAAAAACAAGGGAAUACACACGAGGAACAAGAGAUGGAGGAAGGAGAUUCAGUGAUGGAGUUUCGAGAUACUGACACUCUUGAGGAUGAAGUGGGGGACAUCAUUGAAAUGGAGAGUGGCAUUGAAACGAUGGAGGAGUCGGGCAAUGGAGAGGAGGACCUAAAUCUCAAAAUUAUUGAUGAAGAACAUGCAGAGAUGGCAACAGAGUUGCAAGAAAAUGACUGAAAGAGUGUGACCACUUCUGCAUCCAGUUGCUAUGGAAACUGUCUCAGCUCUUUACUGUGUAUAAAACCCAGGUGUGCCUGAUUUACAAACCGUAUUUUCCUUGUUUCAAAGAAACAUUCAACUUUAUCAAGGAGAAAGAAACGAGUCCAGACUUCUUGGGACUCGUUUUGCUUAGUUCUGUUACCGAAUCCCCCUGGUAUGUGGAUUUAUCAGUGUUCAUGUUUUCUUUUUUCCUCAAUUUUAUUGUCUGUACAGUCAGAUUUCUAUACCUUUUAUAUUUGCCAAUGAAGUUUACGAAAUCAGUAUUUUGAGAAGAAAUAACGAAAUUCUGCACUGCAGGUAUAACCGGUUUACUUACAGGCGUGAAUCUCACAAUAACCGUCAAAAAAAACAUAUUUCACCCCAAGAUGAAAAGAAACCGUAUUGUGCAUUAAGCAAAUUCACCACCGUGUUAAUAAGGACUGUUAUAUUUUUAUUUUGCAAUGGGACAUUUUCAUGAAAUAUUGAAUUGUUAAGUACACCUGUAAGUAUACAUCAAAGUAAUGAUCAUUGUCACAAUUCAAACAUCUUAAUUGUCCUAAAAAGAAGAAUAUUUUCUCCUUUUUAUCUUGGGGUGAAACGUGAUCCAGGCAUUUCUGUGUGAGAUUCACCCAUGGAUAAUGCCUCAAGAUACCAUUCAGUAUUUUUUACCUUAUUUAACAGGUGAGCUGUUGUUUUCCCAUCUUAUCGUUUGUCUGCCUUAUGAAGGAAAUUAGCUUGCACUUCACCGUCGAGAGCUCAUCUGUAAAGAUCGAGAAGGUCAAAUCAAAUGAAUCAUUAAGUGAAGAAAUAUAGGAAUGCUUUUACUGAUAGCAUAUACAUUGUAAUGUGCUAUUCAAACGAAUUAUAAUUCAUUUUAGAAAAUGUGUUUUGUAACAAGCACUCCAAAGCAGUUCUCAGUUUUGUUUGUUUUAAAUCAAUGUGUGUUUAAUAAUCAUGACAUAAUCAUAAGGAAAAACAAAAACUUCAGUCAGGGAAAGUGUUCGUUGUUUGUGCCAGUGCGUUAUUUCAUUUACCUUUGUGUAGGCUUUACGUUGUAAUGUGUCAGUCUGUGUUUCACCGUUCAUAGUAGAUAAUCUAAGGAACUGCACACCCACAGCCUUAUGCAAGACCGCCAAGCUGUAAAUGUCAUUUACGAUAUUAACAUAGUGCUCCACAGUCAGAUGGACAAUCUAGACGUUUAGUUACCUGGCCAAGAAAUUAAGUGAAUUAGACAAGAUCAAUAAAUUGUCAACUUUGGCCAAGAACCCAACAAGCUAGUGUUAGAUGUACAGAUGUGCCAGAAAUUGUACAAAAGGUUUGUAACACUGCCCUCUACCUGUGAUAAUCAAAAUGGCACGUUGUCUAGCUGUUAGUGACGUUCACCCCACGCUCGUACAGGUUUUUAGUGCGUAGAAAUGAUUUUAACGCAAAUAGUCUUUGUUGUUUUCCCCUUUUAGUUCAAAUAUUGUUAACUAAAUGAACAACACUGUUAAAAUAAGAAAAAGAUCUAGUAUUUCUAGCCCUAUACAACCAAACAUUGAUUUUCAACACAAAUCUAGUAAAUUGUGUAAAUUGCAUGCUAUUGACAAAACCAAUGUAAAAAAAACUCCUUGUUGCACUUAAAAUUUUAAGUUCAAUCAACUUGAAUUUACAAUUCAUUUCAACUUUCUUGACUAGUGAGAAGUUGCUUAUUUUUAUAAUUUGUAGCAAUUCCUCACUAGUCAAGAAAGUUGAAAUGAAGUUGAUUUUUUUUACUUUAUUUAUAUCAUUUCUAGAAAUUCCUCACUAGUCAAGAAGUUGAAAUUAAGUGGACAUUUUUAAAGUUUUUAUCAUUUAUAAAAAUUUCUCACUAGUCAAGAAAGUUGAAAUUAAGUUGACAUUUUUAAAGUUGAUUUUUUUUUUCAACUUUUAUAGCAAUUCCUCACUAGUCAAGAAAGUUACAAUUAAGUUCAAAUUUUUAAAGUUGAUUUUUUUCAACUUUUAUCAUUUAUAGCAAUUCUUCACUAGUCAAAAAGUUAAAAUAAAGUUGAAAUUGUUAAAGUUUUUUUUAACCUUUAUCAUUUAUAGCAAUUCCUCACUAGUCAAGAAAGUUAAAAUUUAGUUGAAAAUUUUUAAGUUUAAUUUUUUUUUCAACCGUUAUCAUUUAUAGCAAUUUCUCACUAGUCAAGAAAGUUGAAAUUAGUUGUAAUUUCAAAUUGAUUAAACUAAAACAUUUAAGUGCAACAAGGAACUUUUACAGCGUUUCAUUCAGAUAUCUAAAUAUUUUAUGCUUUGUACAACUUUAUGUUUGAAACCAUAUGAAAAAUUAAGAUGAGUAAGUAAACCAAGUAGUUAUAACAAGCCAACUACUAGUAUGGUGAAGAAUAAUUUCACACAAUUUUUACAUUUGAAGGAUAUGAACCAUAGGAUUGUAAAGAAAAAGGGUGGAGCUGAAGAUAACCCAUGCUUGCCAAAUAGAGCUAAAAACUACACAAGUUAAGAUUCAUAAAGCUGAGACUAAAUAUUACUUAAAGUCAGUAUGUAAUAUGAUACAGGAGUUAUACACACAAGUAUAGGAAAACAAAAUGUCUUUCAUUUGCUAGAGGAGUGCAGGAUGAAAGCAGCACUUGGUAUAGAUGUAUAGGAUAUUGAAAUGUUUUUAGUUGAUUGUGUUUAAGCAAACAUUACAGUAUUAUUAAUUUCAAAUGUAUUGCUAAAUGUUUAUUCUUUUAUGUUUAUGCAUGUGUAUAUUGUGUUUACCAUCAGUAUUAUUGUCAUUGACAAAUGUUUUGUUUUUAGAACCUUGUUAUAUAUGUAUUAUUUUUGUAUUGCUUUAUUUAUUUCAUGUGUAAUACACAAUACUGCAAGUUUAACACAGUAAUAUGUUUUAGAGUUCAUCUCAGUGCCACGAUAAACAGUAUACAAAAGCUGAACUUGACAGUGUUAAGUAACUUUAUACUGCUACAGAAAGCCUAAAAGUAAGACCGUAUUUUCAGUCAAGUAAUUAUUCAUAACUGACCCUUAAACCUGUGACGAAAGAGCAUGAAUUCAUGUUGUUGUACUGGUGUUGACAUUGCGAAACUGGAACCAAAACAAGUCAAUUCAUUUCAUCUUCAUUUUGUUUUCAUUUGUGCCAAUUUUGCAUUGUGUGUGUAUUAUCGACUUUCCCCCGAAAUGGAUGAUGAAUCCAUAAUUUGUAGGAUUUCGUCCUUUGUUUCUUUUUAUGAUUCCCCAUAUAAUAAAAUGAAGUGAAGCAA